AUGGUGAUACCAAAUAUUGAUGUUAUGGAAUCUAGUAAUAGUAAUUCAACACUUUGUUCACAAAUUAAUCAACCGACAAAUGGACAAAUUGAAUUAAACUAUCAUUAUCAUCAUCAUCAUAAUCCUAAUGAUCAUGUUGAUAUUAACCAUGAACUUACUAACAAUAACAUUUAUACCCAUUUAGGAUUGACAUUACCUAAUCCAUUGAUUAAUCAAUCAUUACAAUAUCAAACAACAUCUGUUGGGAACUUAACAAAUAAUUCAGUUCAAUCAUUGAUAAAUGAAAGUAAUCAUGAUAGAAAUUUGGGAAUUACAAAUGAUCUAAUAAGAUUGACAAAUGCAACAACGGGUGAUUUAUAUUGUUCCGAUAAAUCAUGUGAACAUGUCACAUUGACAUCAAGUUAUGUUCCAUUGAAUAAUGAAACGAUCCAUUCGAAAUUAUGUUCAACAAACAUACAACAUCCAAGUCAGAGUUAUGCUUAUUCAUAUAAGACUAAUAAUAAUAGUAAUAACUCAAUAAUGGGACUGUCAAAUCAUAGAUGGUUUACAGGUUUAAAUAAUGAAGAGAAUGAUAAAUCAUUCAAAGAAGAAGUGAAAGAACCAAUAUGUAUUUAUACUGAAACAACAAGUGCCGGUACAACAAUGACAAGUAAUACAAAUGAAACUUCAUUCAUUCCAUUAUUUGAUCCAAUUGUAUGGAAUCCAACAAAUUGGAAACAAUUUGCAACAAUAGCACAACAUUCAUAUCAUGAUACAAUGAAUGAUCCAUUUCUAUAUAAUCAAAUGACUGGAAUUCAUAAUAAUUUUACGAAUAAAACUAAUCUGAUUAACGUUUAUCCUAUUGAUCAAAUGACAAAUGAUCUAUCUACUUCUUUAACAAGAUCCAAUUUAUCUACAUUGACUUCAUCAAGUUUUACUAAUCCAACUGUGUUUAAUACUCAAUUAUCAAGUUAUUUAACAAAAAAUUCUAAAACUUUCAAUCAGUGUCAUAGUAGUAGUUGUUGUAGUAGUAGUGGUAGUAAUAAUAAUAAUAAUAGUGGAAGUAGAUUACCAUUACUCCCAUCAUUAUUAACUGACGGUUUAAGUUCUUCAACUUCCAUGACAACAAUCAAUUCGGAACCAACAUUGAAAUAUCAUUCAAAUGAUUAUGAUCCAAAUGCUUCAUCUGAUAUUACAUUAACGCAAUUCUACAAUAAUUGUAAUGUAAAUAAUACAUUUCGAAAAUUCUAUCCUGAACAAAAGAUAUAUAGUACUAAUAGUAGUAAUCAUAGUGUUGAUGGUUCCAACUCUAUAGUCUACAAUAUGAAUCACAAUCAUAAUCAAAUGGGUUUUAUAAAAACUAACUUUCAUCAACAAUUCAAUGUUUCCAAGACAAUAAAUUCAACGUUUAAUCAUUCACAAGAAGAAUCUAAUAUUCAUAGAGAAAUUGACAAACUUGGAGGUAAUUUCAUUUGA